AACGCGGGAUUCGUCUCAUUUCCCGGGAACAGAGCAUCGACAGACAGGCAAUGGUCAAAAGAAAUGUUUAUUUAUAUACCAUUGAAAACAUUAACGAGGUGCACUUUUUAAGUAAUACGUGGCUUGGAAUGCUAUAGUUUGCCUACUUACAAUAACAGUAGGCCUACUUUGGUGGAUUUAGGACUUGUCUGUCAUUGGGGUAGAAAACCACAGCUGUCUUUGCAAACGUCAGUCAGAUAAGUAACCUAGUGCUUUAUGAAUUAUCCACUUUAAUUGCCAAGAAACCACGCUGGAGAAGCUACAUAUUUGGAGGCAUUACGAGUAUACAAGUUACCCAGGGAUAAAGGCGCAAUGGAUAAUGUAUGCUUUGAGCGACGUGCCCUGGUCGAAAUCCCUGAACCACAGCCAAAAAUUGCAGGCCGCCUGCGCAGGUCCUACAUGGAUGUCCUGAGCACCCGCAUGAGCCCUCUACCAAACAGUGCCAUUUCCCUAUCUAGAAGAAGCAGGCCAUUGGUUUCAUGCUCUCGGAGGCCGUGGAUAGGCGAGAGCGACUCUCGAGGAGAGGAGGAGGAGGACGUGAAAUCUCCCACAACCAUCUCCAGUCAUCAGCUCGUUCAGCUUCUCAGCUCUCUCAUACUCCUCAAAGAGAAACAGAAGUGCACAGAUGACUCAUCAAAGCUGAAGCUGCUGCUCGAAGACCUUCUUCAGAAGAAAGCCAGUGUUUACAGGUCUAUCCCCUACUCACGCCUUGGGUCCAACAGGGAUGCCCACUGUUACAGGAAAGCCUACCCACAUCUCCUGGCUUUUAAGCGUUCGUGCCAGGAGGGUGGCCAGACCCUGGUGCGAACUGGGGACUGGGAGUCUGUGCUGGAGUUUGUGCUGGCAGGCUGGAGGUGUACCAGCGAGCUGCCCCAAUGGGACACGACUGGCCACAACGUGCUCCGCCAACACUGCUACUCCGCCUUGGCCAGGCACUGCAGCAUCGCGCUGCGGCACCAUCAGCCGCCGGCCAACAAGGCCCGAGAAAUACUGAGGAGAUUAAAAACGGCACGAGGUCACAAUCAUCAGAUGUCGUCGUGCGUGGAGGAGCUGAAGCAGCUACUCAAAGACCUGAAACAUUAAACGGGAGGUUCGAUAAUUAUCAAGCAGAAACGCUGAAAAGAUGGAUUCCCUCCGCCGAUUCAAACGGUGCCAUGGCAACUAGCUCGGCGAGAUUUUUUUUUUAAAAGGAGUGAGCAACAGGGUACCAUACACACAGAGCCUGUCACCUGUGUACUAGUUUAACACGGGGUACCAAAACAGUCUGUACUAGCAAACACAGGCUUCCAAAUGCACAACAGCCUGUCAACUUUGUGCUAGCGAACACAUGGUACCAAAACAGAGCCUGACCUAGCGAACACAGGCUUACAAACACAGAGCCUGUCACUUGUGUACACCCACCUGCUGUGAGAGGUGUGUGUGAGACGAUGGCGAGGUCAGCUUUGCGAAAUUGCCUAGUGGAAUUUAUAUGUAUUUUUUUUUGCAAACCAAACUUUUAUAAUGAAUUUUUCUAAGUCCUGAGGAUCACCCUCAAGCGCAAUGCAUUUAAUGAAUAUUAUAUUUUUUGUACAGCUUUUUUUUUUUUUUUUAAAUAAUAAUAAUAGUUGAUGUCAAAGAAUGUGAAAUGGCCCACAAGCCUCACUGUUACUUGAAAUGCAUGUGCUGUUGAGUUUGUGUGCUUUGUAAACUUGUUUGUAUUUAUAUGUAAAUGUGCUUUUUUGUCUUGUAUCGUCCUGUUUAAUGUCGCACUUUUAUGAAAAACAAAUGGAUUGGUUGUGUUCUACCUGGAAACUUGAAUUUGAAAUAAAAAAAUAAACUCUAAGUAUUGAAAUAAUUGAA